GUCGUGACUCGUGAUGAUGCACGUGUGUGGUGUGUGUGUUAUCACUCAAGUUCAUAUUAUAAAACAGACACACGGUGUAUCCUGUACAUAAAUCUAUUUUUGAGAAGUCUGACUUCGUUCGCAGACUGUUUACAGAUAUUUUGUCAUUUUUUGUUAUAUAACGAUUGAAAAUGGGUAUUAAAAAGCUACAAGUGUUAUGUUCGUUUGUGUUAACUAUUGGCACGGCCAUAAGUUAUAUAAAAUGCGAAACGCGUGAAGAUUGUCGUAUUCUGAUUUUCACUACCACAAAAAUGAUUAAGAAGUUAAGCAGUGAUCAAAAAUGUACGCUGAUAAAAUAUGUAUUAGAUGAAUUCGAAUAUGAUACCAUUAUUGAUUUCCUUUAUCCGCCAGAUGAGUUGUUGCUUACCAACAAAAGUGAAGACGAUGCAAUAUAUAGUAUUAUAAAAGAAAAUGAGGUCGCAAUUCAAAGGAGAGUAACAGAGAUCAUAGGGUCAGACCAAGAAAUCAAUCUUGAAAGUAUGUCUUCCUAUGACACUGAGGUAGCAAAAAGAGGAAAACUUUUGAAUGUAAUCUUUCGCAAUAUUCUCAAUGUAAAAAUGAGACACUCUCAAAUGUGCGUGAAUGGCGAAAGUUAUAAAUGUAAAUUAGUCGGGUUAAUCAAGCGUACGGUCGAGUAUAGGAUGAUCAAUGUACCGAGAUGUAGUGAUGACAAUACCGGUACUUGCUUUAUAACACCGACAGGGUGGUUAACGUCGGGCGUUCCAAUCAAAUUCUCAUUUCGACCCAAAGAAUUAUAUCAAGACCGUCAAUGUGGCAUCAGAAGUCUGUAUUUUGAAACAUUGUUGUACGACCGAGUUAACCUCGUAAAAUGGCAUUGCACCGUACCGCCAAGAGACGAAUAUUCAGACGAGUAAAUCGAAUUGCUUGUCGAUGUGCUAUCUAUUUCAAUUAAAAGCAUUGUUUUAUUUACUAAAUGUUUCAAUAUCAAUAUUAUCAUACUGAGCUAAUAUACCUACUAAUCAAUACAAUCGU